UUUAAUAUCUUGGCAUAGCACUAGUAAAUCGUGAUGUCAACAUCCUUGCCAAAUGAAUGAAAUUGAGAAGGCGGUGACAUUACUAAUUCCACCUGCCGGCCUAUAUUUGUCAAGUAUUAGUUUUAGCAUGGACGGCUUUAGGAUUAUAAAUCAAAUUUUCAUUGUAAUAUCAGCCAAUUGGACCAGUUCCAUUUCCUGCAAAACAAAAGCAGAGAGCUUAUUAGUCCACAUAAACUUAUGCAUCAAACACCAUUGCAUAUUCAGUUCAAAUGGAAAUAAUUUUGAAUAUCUUGUUGGUCUUCUUGGUGACACCCUUUUUCCUCCUAAACAUGAUUAGUUGUGAGGAUGACGAGGUGAAAAAGACACUGAUACAGUUCAUGACACAACUCUCAGGCCAGCAGAAUAACAAUUCCACUUUGGUUUGGAAACUAGAAUCCGAUCCCUGCAAGGACCGCUGGUAUGGUGUAUACUGUGAUGCUCAAAUGUCUAUAAAGAGGUUGAAUCUUUACAGGCUCAAUUUGUCAGGGACUCUUGAUGUGGCCUUGCUAUGCAACUUGCAGCCUCUAGCUGCAUCUCUCACCUUUCUUAGUCUUGAUGACAACAACAUCAGCGGUCGAAUAACGUCCGAGAUUGGAAACUGCAAACAACUCACCCGCCUCCACGUAAGAGGAAACCAACUUACUGGAAACCUUCCUACUUCACUUGCCAUGUUGAACAACUUGAAAAGACUAGACAUUUCAGACAACAGGUUUUCGGGACUGUUGCCGAACGUGGCAAGAAUCUCCGGCCUCAACAUGUUCUUAGCACAAAACAACGACCUCAGUGGAACUAUACCUGCAUUUGAUUUCUCCAAUUUCGACCAUUUCAACGUUUCCUUCAACAAUUUCAGUGGCCAAAUUCCAGAUGUGAAUGGUCAUUUCGUUGCCGACAGCUUCCUCGGUAAUCAAGGACUAUGUGGAUAUCCACUACAAAAAAAUUGUUCUGAGAAGCCUCUGAGUAGUACUGUUAGUCAAACAUCAGAAGAAAAAUCAAAGGGUCCUUCUAAAGAACAGAUUCUUAUGUAUUCAGGCUAUGCUGCAUUAGGAGUUAUCGUAAUCCUUUUUGUAAUCUUGAAGCUGUGUACAAUAAAAAAGACAGGAAAGAAAGUUGAAGCAGCACUGAAUGGUGAUAUUGAAAAAUCCAGCUAUGUUUCAAGUGAAUCCAAAGCAGAAGAGUUAAACAAAUCUGGAUUUUCAGUUGCAUCUGAAAGUGGAACGGUCUCACAACAAUCACUUAUAGUUCUUUCAAAGCCAGUGGUGAAUGAAUUGAAAUUGGAAGAGUUGUUGAGAGCACCUGCAGAAUUGAUUGGAAGAGGAAAUAAUGGAAGUCUUUAUAAGGUGAUGCUAACCAAUGGUAUAAUAGUUGUUGUAAAAAGGAUUAAAGGUUGGAGUAUUUCUAGUGUUGAUUUCAAGCAAAGAAUGCAACUUUUGAAUCAAGCAAAGCACCCUCAUGUUCUUUCACCUCUUGCUUUCUAUUGUUCUAAACAAGAGAAGCUUUUGGUCUAUGAAUAUCAGAAGAAUGGAAGUUUAUUCAAGCUUCUACAUGGUACUUCAAAAACCUUUGAUUGGACCAGCAGACUUGGAAUUGCAUCUACAAUAGCUGAAGCAUUAGCUUUCAUGCACCAAGAGCUAGGCCAACAUGGUAUCAUUCACGGCAACAUAAAAUCAUCAAACAUUUUGCUAAACAAUAAUAUGGAACCAUUUAUAAGUGAGUAUGGUGCUCUUGGUAAAAAUGAUCAACAACAAAGUUCAACUCCUAUUGAUACAUUCAAAGGAGAUGUUUAUGGCUUUGGUGUUAUUCUUCUUGAACUUCUUACUGGAAAAUUGGUGAAGAAUAAUGGAAUUGACUUGACUGAUUGGGUUCAAUCAGUUGUAAGGGAAGAAUGGACAGGGGAAGUAUUUGAUAGAUCAUUACUUUCAGAGUAUGCAAGUGAAGAGAGGAUGGUUAAUAUGCUUCAAGUGGCUAUAAGAUGUGUUAAUGAUUCCUUAGAGGCUAGGCCAAGUAUGAACCAAGUGGCUCUUAUGAUUAAUACUAUUAAAGAUGAAGAGGAAAAAUCAUUGAUUUACCAAGUUUGAUUGCUUAGGAUUAUUAUACAUGAAACAAUAAGAAACAAGUGGAGAGUCUUAUAUCCUCUAAAUCAAUUUCUUUUAGAAUAUUUAUAAUUCUAUUUGAAUAACUUACUUAUCGAUCAGGAAUGCAUAAAGUCAAAACUACAUAUUAUGCAGUCAA